AUGUGGGGUAGAAAUGACCAUGGACAAUUAGGAACAAUUAAUCCACCACCGUCGCCAUUAUCAUCUUCUGGAUGGUUAUAUCAGCCAAUACCAUUAUGUUACCUUCCAAAAUCAUCGCCAAUAUUACCAAAAGGUUUUAAGGUAAAAACUAUCGAGUGUGGAUCAGAACAUUCGUUGGUGUUAUCGAUUGAUGGUCAAUGUAUUUCUUGGGGAUGGAAUGAACAUGGUAAUUGUGGUGUAGGAAAUAACAAUGAUCAAUGGAGCCCGGUAAAAUUGAUUAAAUUCAACAAAGAUGAAUUUUUGGUAGAACAGAUUGGUUCAGGAUGUGGGAAUUCUUGGAUAUGGGCCAAAAAGAAAGAUAUCAAAUGA